AUGAGUAAUAAUCCAAUGACCAACAAACCAAACCGACAAACAUCUACGAGACGAGUAUUAACCGUUAUUUCGGUUAAAUCAGAUGAAGAAGGAUAUGGAUCUUCCCAAAGCGAUAAUAAACCGAGUAAAAGAAGAACUCUGUCAAAAUUGUCGAUCGUCCCAAAUGGAAAUCGUUUACAAUUUCAUUAUCGUGGUGAUCGAUUAAAGAUACCAAAGUAUCAAAACACGUAUCGCUUGGAACCCUUCAAAAUUUUUCACAUCGAAACGGUCGACAAUAUCGUUCGUAACGUCCUGGAAAAUAAAUUAUCCUCAGUUUUGAUUUAUCAUCCAGAUAAUGCCUCAAAGUUAUCUAUGGAGACUGCCAACGACGUUUUGAAGGCGAUCAACAAAAGAGAAUAUGAUAGAUGCAAAAUAGUGGUACAAGUGACUAUCGUCCAACGUAUACGGCAAAGCGUACAUUCCGCUUUUCAGUGUCUGUGGGAUGCGGAACGUGACAAUUACUCGUACCACGUUUUCGAAAAUUCUCAUGUAUACGCGUGGUGCUGCGUAUUCGGUCUGUAUUACGAAUGA